CACAGUAUCAAGUAAUAGAAAGAGAAGGCCAAGGCUCUCAAAGAAGGCCUUCUUCAGAAGAAGAAGAAAAAGACCUCACAGCAGAAGUAGUCAGAAUGGUGAACAGACUACUGAUGAAGAAGAUGAGAAGGAAUAUGAUGAUAUCAGGAACACAAUUAUUAACAAGCUUACAGAGCCUCAUGGGAAAAUAAAGAAACUGGCCAAAGUUCAACAGAAAAAUUACACUAAAGAGAAGACAACCUUUGCUGAAUGACUCACUUAUCUCAGCAUGAACAACCCACUUAUACAUCUGACUACAGAAUACGAGUCAAAUUUUAUACAUUUUAAAGACCGAGGAAGUGAAGCCAUGAGUCUAGCAGAAAAAUAGAGCCAUUCUCAAAAAACUUGAGAGUUAUAACAAAGCAGAUUUCAAGUCAAUUGAUCCAAAAAUCGCAAGUUAUAAUCAAUUUCAAGGAAUAGACCAGAUGACUAAGUUCCCUAUUUUUGAAAAAGAUGAGACCUUAAAGAAGCUCGAUUUCAUAAACAACAGGAAUUCAAGCUCUCAGUUUCAAAAAUAACAAGCACUAUGAGAUCCUCAGAAGAAGGCAGCAGCAACAAAAUGGGAAUCUCUAUGCACAAUUAAUUGAGACUGACAAGAUCAGCCAUACCAAAUAACGAGAAUUUGAGGAAUUACCUUGAUUAUAGAGUCGAGAAGAUCAUUAAUAAACCCUUCACAAGAAUGACUUCUCCUAAAUUUAACAAUAUUGAUGAAAAAUGCUCUGAAGAUAGCCCAAAACCACUCAACAAUGAAUUAAUUAAAGCAAAAACUCCUAAAACUAGUUCCCUUGUUUCACACAAUCGCAUGAGGGGGAAUAAACUCAAGGCUCCGGAAUAUGCUGAUCUUCAAGGGAAAUAUGAAGACCGGAGAGCUCUAGUAAAAACGCCAGAAGUUCGAAGAUCGCUUCUUUCAGAUCUUGAAAGGAAUACUAUCAGUGGAGAAGAUCCUCUUAAGAAAAAUGAUGUGCUGAUAUUAACCUCUCUCAGUGGAAUAAAAACUCUAAAAUCCCGGAUAAAAUUUCAAGAUUAUUACUCGCCAUCUCAAAAAGUAGUGUACAAAGGAUUCAAAGGCCACAAGCCCAAGACUAAAAAUUUUCUGAAGGAAGACAGAGAAGCAAUUAGUAGCAAAGGCAAACUUAGGCAUCAGAGAAUUAAUCUUGGGGUAUGAAGUCCUAUGACCAAGGAACGGAUGAAGAUGAAUGAGAUGGUGGAGAGACAGUGUAAGACACCAGAAGCUGAACCUCCCAUCAUAAUUACCAAGAUAAAUUCAUCUCAUAAACCUCGAUAUAUUGACCCAAUUACUGAUAAUAAGGAGAGAGAAAGUCAUGAGCUUCAGAGGUCCCACCAGCGUCAUCAGGAACAGUCAUCUAGGUGGGUAAAGCGUGAAAAGAGCAAGAACUUCUCAAGGAACCUCUCUCGAAAUUCAUCAACUACCUCUCUAAACUCAUUCUACAUGAUGAGGGAUACUGAAAAUAUAAUUAUGAAUGCCAAAAUGAUUCAUAAGGAUAGUCUUUCAAGAAUCUUCUCAUAAAGGAUAUGCUAAAAUACUCAGAAUAAGACCACUCAACCUUAAUUUCA